AACCGGUUCAGAGUGUCUAAUAGGUGGCGUGUGUUACCACGCCCCACGGCAGCCCACGGGUGACAGCGCAGGGUUGGGAUUGCGUGCCGUGAUCAGCCGGCUUCCUCCCGCGGCGGCAUGGACAGCGACGAUGAAAGCGUGGAGGAGGUGGUGGAAGGCCCGUUGGAUGAAGAUGGCCAGCCCCAUGGUGUCUGCACAGUCACCUAUUCCUCCAGUGAUCGCUUCGAAGGACAUUUCACCCACGGAGAGAAGAAUGGGAAGGGGAAGUUCUUCUUCUUUGAUGGAAGCACCUUGGAAGGUUUCUACGUUGACGAUGGUCUGCAGGGCCAGGGGCUGUACACACACGAGGACGGCAGUGUCCUCCAUGGGACGUAUGUCGACGGUGAACUCAACGGGCCAGCUCAGGAGCUGGAUGCAGAUGGCCGCCUAGUCUUUAAGGGUCAGUACAAAGGCAACAUCCGCUGUGGGGAGUGCUGGAUCUACUAUCCUGACGGGGGCAGCGUGUUUGGGCAGGUCAAUGAGGACGGGGAGAUGACUGGCAGCUCCACAGCCUACAUCUACCCAGAUGGCUGCACGGCUCUCUAUGGAAGCUUUGUGGGCGGAGAGAUCACCGAGGCUCGCCUCGCCACACUGACCUCCAACCAGACCGGAAGGCCACGCUUCCAGAUCGCUCCAAACAGUCCUGUCUACUCCUAUGACAAGUCCACCUCCACCUGCAUCGCCACCCACGCUCUGCUGCCGGACCCGUACGAGAGCCAACGGGUGUUGGUGGCAGAGUCUCUGAUUAAAGGAGCCGGUCAGGGACUUUUUGCCAAGGCAGCUGCUGAGCCGGGUACCGUCAUGGCUUUUUAUAACGGAGUCCGGAUCACGCAUUCUGAGGUGGACAGUCGGGACUGGGCUCUGAAUGGAAACACCAUCUCACUUGACGACGACACUGUGAUCGACGUCCCACAGCCGUUCGACCAGACGGAGAGGUACUGCGCCUCUCUGGGUCACAAGGGCAACCACUCCUUCACUCCCAACUGCCAAUACGAGCCGUUUGUCCACCCUCGUUUUGGACCCAUCAAAUGCAUCCGAACACUGAGAGCUGUGCAGAAAGACGAAGAGCUCACGGUCGCCUACGGUUACGAUCACGAGUCAUUGGGGAAAAACGGCCCGGAGGCUCCUGAUUGGUACAAACGUGAGCUCGAGGUUUUCCAAAGACAGGCAGCUCCUGUGAGCCACUGAAAACCCAGAGGAAGACCCCCAAACUCCCCAAAUUUGUGCUGCCACUUCAUAAAACUCCUGGAACACUGCUGCAGCUGCCGACCUUCCAAACUGCUUUGACCAGAGUGACACAAGAACUAUGCAAGAAACCAAGUGGUCUUAGAGGUCGUUGUUCUGACUGGAAGUGCUGCUUCAUCUCAUGUUUUAAGAUUCACAUGUUCAUCACUGGUGCUUCUAGACGUCAUGGAAACCCAUUGUUUUCAUUAGGUCAGUUUACACGAUAGUACUCUGUUUAGGUGUUUACUGUAAGAGCUGUACAGUAGAUCUGACCUUCUGCCCAGACUUCCAUUGCCUUAACAUGUCUGUUGACCUGACAGGUGAAACAUGCUAGAGAUCAUUGUAUUUAUUACAAGUUACAUGAAUUGUGUUUGUGAAGGACUCUGAAAAAAUGAGUGGACUUUCUGCUACACAGGAAAGAAUGGAGCUUUCAAAAUCUGUACACCCCAAAUAAUGAAACGCCCCAAAAUAAACCAAACCAAAUCCAUUCCAA